CGCACGGAGAAGACCGUGCGGAAUAAAGUCAAAACUCCAGUCGUUUUGUGUGCACACAGCGAAGAAACGGAAAAAAACUCAAUCGGAGAAGUUCCCAUUAUGGACCUACAUUCAAUAGCACUAGCGUUAAUCUGAGGAGUUUUUACAGUGCUGACAUAAUUCAGUACCCAUGGUUAUAUAAAUGUAGUGACGAAGAAAAAGAAGCUACAAGAACAGGACGUUAAGAGACAGAGGAAUUAGUAUUUUGUCGGGCUAAUAACGUUAGUGUGGCGACAGUUCAGAGGCGGAUUGCUUGAAGUGCGUUAACGUUAGCUGUUGUAACGAGUCCCAAGCGAGGAAAUAUUACAACUUCGACCCACAGUGGAGUGUUUUUUUUUUUUAAGGACGAGUCUUUUCAGUCUUCCUCGCCCUUGGCUUGCUGCUGCUAAAGUUGCCCGGCGGUAAGGUGCAGCCACGCCGGGGGAAGGCACAGCGCGACGGCCGCUACUCCGGCUAGCUCGCCUGCUGCUUCUGUUUCUUGGAUCGAGGCCUUGUCGGUGAGGCGACAAUGCUCGACAUAAUGUCUGAGCACCAAGAUUCACUGUUGACGUGCAAAACGGAACCUCUGCCCCCAGAGAGGAAAAAGAGGACUGUAGAGGACUUCAACAAGUUCUGCAGCUUUGUCCUGGCAUAUGCUGGCUACAUCCCCAGUCCUAAAGAAGAAAGUUCAUGGUCCCCAACAUCAUCCAGCUCUGCACACAGUUCAGGGUUGUCAGCAGAUGGAGGUGGUGGAGGCAGCAGCUCCACGGGAAAUGCUUGGGCGGACGGGAGCUCAGACAUCCACACCAUCCAUACAUUUGUCCGCAAAGCUCGAGCAAAUAAGGGCAAAAAUAUUCGCCGCAUGCACUCUGAUAGCACUCUGCUGGACAAGAUGCGCCUUAAAGACUCUUUGUAUGAGAGCCAGGCCAGCACUAAGGCAGAGCGCAAGAAGGACAAGAAACUGAAAAAGUUGUCACUUGGUUCUGCCGUGACGGCGGCAGAUAGCGGCAGUAGCGAAGGCGAGAAAAGGGCCCGCAUCAAGCGCAGCAAAAACUCAAAACAGCCAAAAGCCAAGAAGCUCAAAAGUUCCGCUGCUCAAAGUGAGACAGACUCUGAGGCACGGCAUACACAUACAGAGGUACGAGCCAUCAGAGAGGACCUGGCGGUGCAUGGGGGCUCCACGCCAAACAUGCAGAGCCUGGGGAAGAUGCAGCCAGAUGAAUCCCUCAGGGAAGCAGAGAUGAGCUCCAGUGAGGGGGAGACCUGGAUCGCUGAUGAAGACAUUAUGGUGGAGUCAGGCGAUGAUUCGUGGGACUUGAUCACCUGUUACUGUGGGAAGCCAUUCGCAGGACGGCCGAUGAUCGAGUGCAACCAGUGCGGCAUAUGGGUGCACUUGUCGUGUGCAAAGAUCAAGAAGUCCAACGUUCCCGACAUUUUUUACUGCCACAAGUGCAGGGACGUGCGGCGGUCAGGACACAAAAAAGACACCUAGAGAUGAAGAGGCUGGGAGGGACGUGGAGUGCCCACCCUGUCUUCACGGUCCUCUGACACUUGUUUUCUUUGAUGCCUACAGCCAAAACAGCCUAAAUUAUCAACUGGAUGGCAACUGUAUUGUCACUUUGUAGGAUUUCUUUUGACAAUCACAACCAUUCUUAUUUAUCCCUCACUUUUUCUGUGUUUUUUUUUUUGUUUUUUUUUUUUUCCCCUUUGGCUACUGUGAAGAACUGGACAGAAGGCAACAGUGACAGUGGAGCAUCACCUAUUUGUUCUGAAUUAAAUCCUUUAUUAAUUGGCUUUUUUGUUGUGUACUGUGCUGGUGAUGUGCACAUACAUUUUCACGCUUAGUCUCAUUAACUGAAGUUGCAUUUUGACUUGCAAGUUAUUUCUCGAGGAUAUCGACAAAUCAGUGACAAUUUCCUUUUAGUGUCUCAAGGAGUACCAUUUUCAGUUUGAUAGCCACUUCCUCUCAACUUUAAAUCGAUGCCAGUUUUACACAUUGACAAAAUUUAUUGAUUAAGAGAUGGAAAAUGUCACUCCUGUUAUUUGUUUAGAAGCAUGUGAUAAGGUGGGCAGCUCAUUUUAUUUUUGAUCGAAUUUUGGCAAAUUAUUUUUUUUUUAAAGUUUUGGUUGUCGGUGAUAAUCACUGAACUUUAAAAUGUAGAGAUCUCACUCCUCUAGAAUAAGUUAUCUUUGAAUUCAUACAAUCUGUUAACAUUUACUAUAUUGCAUCUGAAGUUGCAUCUAAAUCGCUACAUUUCAAAUUGCACACAGACAAUGCUUUUGGCAGUGCACUUUUUAAAUAUAAACCCAGAUACUGUUUCUACUGCAUAAUAUGUAUGGUAUCUGGAAUAUGAUUAGCUACAGCUGAUUAAAUCUGUACUUAGCAUGUAGCUGUGUACAUUCAUGAUUGAGCGCUUAAUGUUUCUCCCUGUCUGGCUUGUUAAUCAUUGAUAGCCAUUUAACAUGAACAACAUUUACAUUGAAAGCUAUUCAGUUGAUGUUUUUGUUUCAUUUGUGCUUUUUUUGUUUUGUUUUUAAUGUUAAAAACAUCUGAUCUGAGGGGUUAAUGUUGCUGGAAGACGAAUGGUUUGGCAGUGCUUUACGAUAUCAAAGUGGCUCUGAGGCUCGUUCAUGAAUGGUUGUAAAAUAUUUGUUUUUCUGUUCCAUGUAAUUGUUUAUUUCUUAGCUUUCUGAGAAGUGGGAUUAGAGAUACGUGCCCGCAUCAGAGAAUGGACAUGAGAUUGUCUCACAUCGAGAACAAAAGUUGUAGUGUACAGAAAAUAAGUUGAUGCCACGUAGGUUGUGGCAUUUGUUUAUGUUGUUUGGUUUUACCAUGAGCGUUUUCUUUGUUGUUGGGAGUGUCUUGGUAAGUCUCCAGUAGCAGUUGCACUCUCUCUACAACUUCAAUUCUGUGUACAUAUCCUGUUCUUUGACAACUGUACAUAUGUGAAAGUGAAGAGAGAAAAUACCCAAGCAAAAUCUAUAUUUUCUGCAGUCUGAUAUUGUUUUCUUUAAUUGUAGCUUGAAAAAUAAAAGUCUUUGGGAACAUGAAGAUAAGGUGAUAUCUUUAAUCAUUU